GGGCCCAGCUGAGCCCUGCCUUCUGCUCCAGCUCCAGCCAGACCUGCCCACCAUGGCCCUGGUACUGGUCCUCCAGCUGUUGGCCCUCUCGUGGCCUCUGUGUCACACAGGCGUCACUUCGAAUGGCACCCAGGAAGCCCAAGGACCCAGGCCGCCCAUGUAUUCAAACCCCCGCACCUCGUUCCCCAAGGACAGGCACAGGGGGGGCCUAGCUUCCUUCUCCCUAGACUCAUUCCCCGGGACCCCACCACCUAGGCCCAGCUGGCCCACCAGGCCCUUGCCUCGAUUUCUCCCACGCUCUUACCCGGAGAUCAGGCGCCCCAGGCUCUUGCCUCCAUUCCCCUCACUCCCUUACCCCGAAAUCAGGAGCCCCAGGCCCUUUCCUCCAUUCCCCUCACGCUCUUACCCCAAGAUCAAGUUUCCCAGGCCCUUGCCUCCAUUCCCCUCACCCCCUUACCCCGAAAUCAGGAGCCCCAGGCCCUUUCCUCCAUUCCCCUCACGCUCUUACCCCAAGAUCAAGUUUCCCAGGCCCUUGCCUCCAUUCCCCUCACCCCCUUACCCCGAAAUCAGGAGCCCCAGGCCCUUUCCUCCAGUCCCCUCACGCUCUUACCCCGAGAUCAGGCGCCCCAAGCCCUUGCCUUCAUUCUUCCCACGCCCGAAGCCCAGGCAGCCCACUUAUUCAGUCCCCCCAACCUCACACCCCAAACCCCUACCACCCCAGUUCAAAUGGCCCAUUGAUGCAGACCCCACAACCUCACCCCCCAAGUCCCCCAAGCCAUCACUGGCGGCUCAGCCGGCCGCGGUUGUGACCCCCGGCACCAACGUGACUUUGACGUGCCGGGCGCCCCAGCCCGCCUGGAGGUUUGUGCUCUACAAGGCGGGAGAGGUCUCCCCGGUGCAGCACCACUACCCGGACGAGUCCCUGGCGCUGGCCCGGUUCUUCCUGGAGGCGGUGACCGAGGCCCAGGGGGGCAGCUAUCGCUGCGAGUACCACAACCCCCGGGGGAGGUCCCACCCCAGCGACGCCUUGGAACUGAUGGUGACAGGUGAGGUCCCGGCGGGGAGGAGGCCUCAGGUGGGCUCUGGCUCCAUGGACUACACCAAGGGCAACGUGGUGCGCCUGAGCAGACUUCGCGGAGGGGCAAAGAGGCAGCAGGACGGCCGGGCCUCCGGGCUGAGCCCAGCUGAGCCCCGCUUCCCCCCAUCACAGUAA